AGACAUCACCAUUCACGAUUUCCAUACCUUAAUCACUAAAAUCCCAUUGAUUUUCUUCAGCCAUCACCACUCUCCAGUACUGCUACAACUACAUUUUCUACUCUUGUCCUGUGUUCCCACUUCCCAAUGGAUCUGUUACAAUUUUUCCUCCUUCUAAGCCUUGUACUCUCCUCUUCCCACCUUGUUUCUGCAAAUUUUUAUAACGAUUUUGACAUCACAUGGGGAAAUGAUCGUGCUAAGAUACUCGACAAUGGCCAACGCUUGCAGCUCACUCUCGAUCAGUCCUCAGGUUCAGGUUUCCAAUCUAAGAAUGAAUAUCUCUUUGGCAAAAUCGAUAUGCAAAUCAAGUUGGUGGCUGGUAACUCGGCCGGAACUGUCACUGCUUACUAUCUGUCAUCACAAGGGGAUAAGCACGACGAGAUAGACUUCGAGUUCCUGGGAAAUCUGUCUGGAGAUCCCUACAUUAUGCACACUAAUGUUUUCUCUCAAGGCAAAGGCAAUCGCGAGCAGCAAUUCUACCUCUGGUUCGACCCCACGGCAGACUUCCACACUUACUCUCUGCUCUGGAAUCCCCAGCAAAUUAUAUUUUCUGUGGAUGGAACGCCGGUGAGAGUGUUCAAGAACAGCGAGGAUUUGGGAGUGGCAUAUCCCAAGAAUCAAGCGAUGAGAAUAUAUUCGAGCCUGUGGAAUGCAGAUGAUUGGGCAACCAGAGGCGGUGCAGUGAAGAUUGACUGGACCAAAUCCCCCUUUGUCGCCUCUUAUGGAAAUUUCAAAGCAGAGACAUGCUCUGCCUCUUCUGAUUGCUCUGUGAAUUCAUGGUACGCUGCAGAGGCGUUGGAGUCGAGUGAGCAGCAGAAACUUGAAUGGGUGCGGAAGAAGUAUAUGAUUUACGACUAUUGUACAGACAGUAAAAGGUUUCCGCAGGGCUUUCCUCCUGAAUGCACUCGCCAGGCAUAGGCAUCCAACCGAGGAUCAUCACAUUCUUUCAUUCUUUAUUUUCAAGCCCAAACAGGCUAUACUUGUAACGAUAUUAAAUAUUUAUUUUAAAAAGACCUUUUAUUCA